UUAACUAUGCGCGUCACAGGUUAAAUUCAAACGGUGCUUUGUAACGUAUUUCUGGUCAAUCACCAAGGCCCAAUUGCGCAGGUGCAAAAGAGACGUCUGCUACAUGCCGCUGCCAGAAAGAGACCGCCAUACAUACGCUGUACAGAUAGACGCGAUCGUGGCCCAAAGCGAAGCCAUGGCCAGAGUCGGUGUCUCAGUUGCUCACGCGGCUUCUUACCUGUCGACCGAUGUUUUUGUAGUUUGUGGUAGGUGUAUCUCUCCGUGUGUGUGUUUGCGUACCCUCUCUUCUACGCGCGCGUUUCUUAGUGUGUGUGUGUGUGUGUGUGUGUGUGUGUGUAUUCAAUUAAUUACAAAAGCAAAAAAAAAGAAGCAGCUCUGGGAAUUGAAUGAAAGAAAGGCAAAGCCCCCGUUGAAAAAGAGUGUAUGCAAAAUAGUAGUUGCGUGAUACAAAAGGCCAUCCAAAGAGGGAGCAACAAAAGAGGCAGCAUGAAAGGUGAUUAAUUCACUUAAAAGUGCAACUAAACAGCAGCACCAGCAGCAACAUCAAGCAGCAACAAAAGCUAAAAUCAUUGGAGCAGCGCAAGGUGCAGACAAGAUUGGAUGAGAGUCUCCAACGACAUGGUAUGAAGGAGCCGACGAACACUUUGGAUGAAAUUGUGCCCAGCAGGCUGACGUCAGCCGAACUGAGGGCGAUGGCCUUGAGACAGCGGCAGCAAAUCGACAGCCAGCACCAGCUGCUGGCCACCAAGGAGCAGCGGCUGCGCUUCCUCAAGUCCCAGGAGGUGCGCAGUGCCGUCGCCAGUGCGGUGGGGGAGCGCCUGCGACGCCUGAGGGAGCGCGUGGAGGCGCAGGAGUCCAAGCUGCGGCGCCUACGCGCGCUGCGGGGCCAAGUGGACUUGCAGAAGACCUACAACGUGAACCUCAGCAACGACCUGGACUCGAUUCGGGCCCUGUUCAGCGAGAAGGAGAAGGAACUGAGCCUGGCCGUGGCCAAAGUGGAGACCCUGACGCGGCAGCUAGAGGAGCUGAGGCGGGACCGCUGUUGUCCGGUGAAUCUGCUGGCGGCCACGACGGGCAAUGGCGUCGGACAGGCCCUGCCCCCGCAGGCAUCCCGCGAGCUGGAGAAACUACGCAGGGAGCUGAUGUAUCGCAAUCAGCUGUCCCUGCAACAGGACGCCCGGCUGCACAUGCAACGCGAGGCCCUGCAGCAGCGCCAGGCGGAGCUACGGUCCGUGGAUCAGCGCAUCUACGAGCUGCAGACGCGCCUCCAGCGCAAAAAGCAGGCGAACACCCAUCACCAGCAGCAACAGCAUCUGCAACAGCAUCCACAGCAGCAGAAACACCACCAGCCGAAUCAUGCCCCUGGGCCCGUUACGAGCCUGUCCGUCAAGCACGGCGGAGUCGCAGCCCUCAAGCAGCUGCUGCUGCAGAAGCAGGUCAAUCAGCUGGCUGCUGCCGCGGCCGCUGCCGCCGCUGGCCGAGCCCGCGGCAAUGUGGCCGCCGUCGAGCCCUUCAUACACACGCCCCAGAAGUCCACCAUCACGAGCAGCGCCAGCUAUCUGAGCGGCGGCAGUAUGCUGAAGCACGCAGCGGCCACGGCCAACACCAACCAGCAGAACCAGCUCAUCCAGGACCUCACCCACAUGAAGAUGAAAAUGGGCCAGGGCACCGGUGGGGGUUCCGUGCCAGUGCCCGUGCCCGUGCCCGUGGCAGUGUCCGUGGCUGGCGCCAGCUCCAGCAGCGAGAGCGAUGAGUCGAAGCUGGCCAAGAAGCUGCUGACUGCAGCGCCAGCCCCAGUCAAGACGGGGGCAGAGCUGCGGAAGCAGGCCCAAACGGAGGCCAUGGACAGCACCACGCACAUCUAUGCGGAGGUGGGUCCCAAGAAGCGGGACAGGGAGGCAGCAGCCGCUGCCGCCGCCGCUGCAGCUGCUCAAGCGCAAGCACAAGCUGCGGCCGAAGCAGCAGCAUCCACAGCCACCACCGAAGCCCCUCCUGCCCCAGCGAAUCCCAGCAAAAUACCGAAGAGCAUCUCCAGCAGUGGAAGCACCAGCUCCGCCUCGGCGCUGAUCAACAAACUCAACCAGCAGGCCACCAAGGACACCCAGGGGGACACGGGACACCAGCAGCACCAGCAGCAGCAGCAGCAGCAGCAGCAGCAGAAGAAGAACGAGAUCGCGGUGACGAGCGAGAUGCUCUCGGAGCGCAGCAACCAGCAGCAGUUGACGGUGCACAGCAUGCCCCUCGGUGCCAUCAGAAAGUCGGUGGCCCUGGCCGUGUCCAAUGCCGCCAAGCCGCUCCUGGUGCAGGUCACCAACCUCGCCGUGCCGCCCCGCAAGCCCCUCAGCAGCGUGGCUCCAACGUCGGUGAGCGGCAGCAGCAGCAGUGGCACUGGCAGUGGCAGUGGCAGCUCCAUUCCCAAGAUGAUCACCUACAGUCCGAAGGUGAACCGCGUGGCGCCCAAUGUGGUGCAGGCGGAUCAACGCCCGGCCCUGCCACCCAAGCCCAGCAAGAUGACGCCCACGGAGCAGCCAUCGUCGUCCCCAGCGGAGGCGAGUUCCGGCUCGACUGCCGCCCCUUCCCCGACCAUGGCCAAGUCCCAGGGGCACGGGCAAGGGCAAGGGAAAGCACCGGCACACCAGACACAACAGGUGCAGGCCACCUUCGGCCUGCAGUCGCUGAACAUCAACGACAACCUGCCCAUCAAGGCCAAGCCCCUGACCAUCCGCAAGCAGCCGCUGUUCGAGCAGCCGCGCCUCAAGUCCAGCCAGACGGCGACGGGGAGCAGCGCCGGCCAGCCCAAGCAGCCGCUGCAGCAGCAGCAUCAGCAGCUGCAGUCCCAGCGGAAGUCGGAGCCAGCCAGACCGCCACAGGAAGCGGCCAAAUCAUCGCCCGAGCCCUCGCCCCCGCACUCACCCAGCAGCGAGUCCAGUGUGGAUGAGCCGGAUCGUGUUGCCCCCACGAAGGAGGAGCAGGAGACACCAGUGGCCACGCCCCCCACCGCAACCACGAGCAACAUCAAGGAGCGGACGGGAGGCAAGCCGAAGCUGGGACGACGCGUGAGCUUCGAUCCGUUGGCCCUGCUGCUGGACGCAAGCCUUGAGGGCGAGCUGGAGCUGGUGAAGAAGACCGCAAUGAAGGUGGCCAAUCCCAGUGCGGCCAACGACGAGGGAAUCACCGCACUGCACAACGCCAUCUGUGCCGGGCACUUUGAUAUCGUCAAGUUUCUGGUGGAGUUUGGCUGCGACGUGAAUGCCCAGGACUCGGAUGGCUGGACGCCGCUGCACUGUGCGGCCAGCUGCAACAACCUGUCGAUGGUCACGUUCCUGGUGGAGAGCGGAGCCUGCCUGUUUGCCUCGACCCUGUCCGACCACGAGACGCCGGCAGAGAAGUGCGAGGAGGAUGAGGAGGGCUUCGAUGGAUGCUCGGAGUAUCUGUGCAGCCUCCAGGAGAAGCUGGGCAUCCUGCACAACGGCGACGUCUAUGCCGUGUUCUCCUACGAAGCCCAGAACGGGGACGAGCUCUCCUUCCGCGUCAACGAGCCCCUGAUCGUGCUGCGGAAGGGCGACGAUGCGGAGAACGAGUGGUGGUGGGCCCGGAAUGUCAGUGGCGAGGAGGGAUACGUGCCACGCAACCUCCUGGGUCUGUACCCACGUGUGCCGCCGCAGUCGCCGCACUACGGCGAUUAGCAGUUAAUACGCUUCACCAUACUGAAGCGCAAGGCUGGCCGACUCAUACAGAAGCGCUACAUCUCCAAGUAUAUCUAGGGGAGCAGCAUCGCAUCAGCGGCACCGAUUCUGAGCACGUGCCAUCGCAGAGAGUCAGCUGGGGAAUUAUUUAUCAGAGCUCCAUGUUUCUUUUUGUUAACUUUUUUGUUUGGGAAAAGCAACACAAAGGAUGAGGAGAAGAUUAAGAGGAAAGGAACGAGAACGAUAAGGAGAAGGAGAAGAAGGAGCAACCACUCAGCCAUAUGGUCAUCCAUAUGGCAUGGUCCAUGUGUGUGUUCGUGCAACAUUUGCCACCGACUGCAGUCCCAUUCCAGCACCAAUCUCCAAUCUGCGCCGACGACUAUUUAUCACGACGACUGGUCCCAAUUAGCCCGGCUUUGGCGCCCUCCCACCCUGCAUACGUACAACAGCAAAUUGAAAUUCACUUAGGCCCGCCGGUCCCGCGCCACACCCCCCUUUAGCUUUAAGGCCUAGACUAAUGGUUGCCCCCAGCCUCCACAGCCGCCCGCUAGACUGGCCACCAGAACUUUCUCCAUAAAUUUCAAAUUGAAAAUGGAAAUGGAAACUCAUAAAAUUUCUUGCCACACACACAAAAUGUUUCAUCUUCGUCCUUGGGAAGGAGCCGAAGCAGUUGCCCAAUUGCAUAUGUAUAUCAAGCUAGUACUUAAACAUUUAAUUGGACUUGAACAAAGUUCGCACAAAAAGAGCAACAUUUUGAAUAGAUAACGUAGAUAACGUAGAUACGGUAGAUAACCACAAGGAGGAUAACGAAUACGAGUACGAGCAUAUAACGAAUCGAAUGUGAUUUUUGUAUAGUGACAAGAAUUUUAAUUUAAUCCAUUUUUAUCGAAUACUAAAUGCCGAUGUAAAUUACAUAAAACUGAUUCGUUGUCGCGUAAUCGCAUUAUAGAUAUACAAAUUAAUUAAUGUAGCUUAUCUUAACAUUUACAAUAUUUAAUACUACAUUAUUCGACUCUGUAAACCAUUCCCUUUUAGCGCAUAAACUUGACCUUUUAGGGUUUCCGCC